AUGGCGGCUAAGCGCAAAGCCUCAGUAAUGGGCGUUGGGGAUGACGAACCAGUGGACCCUUCCGAUGAGCUAGCGUUCUACUGUCUGGGUGGAGGAAACGAAGUAGGACGAUCAUGUCACAUUAUCCAAUACAAGGGCAAGACAGUCAUGCUCGAUGCUGGUAUGCACCCAGCUAAAGAAGGGUUCUCGGCGCUUCCCUUUUUCGAUGAAUUCGAUCUCAGCACAGUAGACAUACUCUUGAUCAGCCAUUUCCAUGUCGAUCAUUCCUCAGCCUUACCUUACGUCCUCAGCAAAACGAACUUUAAAGGUCGUGUCUUCAUGACACACGCGACAAAGGCGAUCUACAAAUGGCUUAUCCAGGACAAUGUCCGGGUCAGCAAUACAUCAUCCUCGUCAGAUCAGCGCACUACGCUGUACACCGAACGUGAUCAUCUCUCAACCCUGCCUCUCAUUGAGACCAUCGACUUCAAUACAACCCACACUAUUAACAGCAUCCGUAUCACUCCAUUCCCCGCUGGUCACGUUCUGGGUGCAGCUAUGUUCUUGGUCUCCAUCGCUGGAUUGAACAUCUUAUUCACUGGCGACUAUUCCCGUGAAGAAGACAGACAUUUGAUUCCAGCUGAGGUUCCCAAAGGAAUUAAAAUUGAUGUUCUGAUCACCGAAUCCACUUUCGGUAUUUCGUCUAAUCCACCUCGACUGGAACGAGAAGCCGCCCUCAUGAAGUCGAUCACAGGUAUCUUGAAUCGUGGAGGUCGUGUGCUAAUGCCAGUUUUUGCUCUCGGUCGUGCACAAGAACUGCUUCUUAUUCUAGAAGAAUACUGGGAGCGCCACCCGGAAUUGCAGAAAGUACCAAUCUACUACAUUGGAAACAUGGCUCGACGAUGCAUGGUUGUAUACCAGACAUAUAUCGGAGCCAUGAAUGACAAUAUCAAACGUCUUUUCCGUCAACGUAUGGCCGAAGCCGAAGCAAGCGGAGACAAAAGUGUCACAGCAGGACCAUGGGACUUCCGCUUCGUUAGGAGUCUUCGAAGCCUUGAGCGUUUUGAUGAUGUUGGUGGAUGCGUGAUGAUUGCCUCGCCGGGUAUGCUGCAAACGGGAACCAGCCGAGAACUACUCGAACGAUGGGCACCCAGUGAGCGUAACGGUGUGGUGAUGACGGGUUACAGUGUUGAGGGUACGAUGGCCAAGAAUUUGCUUAACGAACCUGACCAGAUUCCCGCUGUUAUGUCCAAGGUCUCAGCGAUGCAAGGUCGAGGACGAGUGCCCGGAGGCAACGAUGAAGACCAGAAGGUUAUGAUUCCACGCCGCUGCACAGUUGAUGAAAUCAGUUUCGCUGCCCACGUCGAUGGCGUUGAAAACCGUAAUUUCAUUGAAGAGGUUGCUGCUCCAGUCGUGAUUCUGGUCCACGGUGAAAAGCAUCAAAUGAUGAGACUUAAAUCCAAGCUUCUCAGUCUGAAUGCCGAUAAGACAGUUAAGGUCAAGGUCUACACCCCUGCAAACUGCGACGAAGUUCGCAUUCCUUUCAAGAAAGAUAAAAUCGCCAAAGUGGUUGGAAAAUUGGCACAGCUUGCCCCUCCUUCCGAGCAGGACGACAGUCAGCUCAUGGCGGGAGUUUUAGUUCAAAAUGGCUUUGAUCUGUCACUUAUGGCCCCGGACGAUCUUCGAGAGUACGCUGGCUUAACAACCACCACCAUCACCUGCAAACAACAUCUUACCCUUAGCUCCGCCAGCAUGGACCUAAUUAAAUGGUCUUUGCAAGGCACUUUUGGAGCCAUCGAGCAGGUCGGUGUCACUAAUAAAGAAAAGAAACCAGUCAACGGAGAUUCCGAGGCUGCCGACGAAGAGUAUCCUAUGGAAGAGACGCAGACAUUUUUGAUUAUGGGUUGCGUAACUCUGCGACACCACCCAAGAACGCGCGAGGUCGAACUGGAGUGGGAGGGUAAUAUCAUGAAUGAUGGUGUUGCCGAUGCUGUCAUGGCUGUUCUCCUGACAGUGGAGAGCAGUCCCGCCUCAGUAAAACAAUCCGCUAAACAUAAUCAUCACCAUCACCACCAUGACGAUGAAAUUGACUCCUUCGACUCCUUCCCUAACCCUCACUCACAUGUCGAUUCAGAAGAUCGACUCUCUCGUCUUCUCAUGAUGCUCGAAGCACAAUUCGGUUCAGACAUUGCCCCUAUUGAGCGCCCUCGGGUGCCCGCCGAACUUGUCAAUGGCACGGAAGAUGCUGACGAAGCCGCUGAAAUUAACGAGGAGCGCGUUGCUGAUAUUGAGUCCGCUGAACUGGACCGCCUCCAUGCCUUGGGAAUCCCCGUCCCUGGUAUUGAGAUCAAGGUGGACAAACAUGUUGCCCGAGUUUGGCUGGAGACCCUGGAAGUUGAAUGCUCAAAUGCUGUUCUCCGUGACCGCGUUCGCAUUGUUGUUGAGAGAGCAGUUGAGACUAUUGCGGGUCUGUGGGCAGCCACCUCGAUGCCUAAGGAAGUCGUGCUUCCCAACGGAAGAGCCUAUGAGGAGAUUGAGGCAGCAGCAGCAAAGAAGGCCGCUGCUAUCGAAGCAUGA